AUCCUUCUUUCCAGAUCAAGAUCAGAGUGGCUGGAAUGAGGAAUUAUUAUUACAAUGAAUUCUGUCUGUGCCACCCUCAUGGUGGCUCUCCUUGUUUCUCUGUCUAUUUCUUCCUCAUCAGGAUGGUCAGAAGAGUGUGAUCUACCAAAGGAUGAAGGAGAAAUGGGAGUUAUGCUGGGGUAUCGACUCUACUACAAUCAAACAACGGACCGAUGUCAUCCAUUUGUGUACAAGGGUGCCGGGGGGAACGAGAACCGCUUUCUAACGGAAAUGCAGUGCAUGAGACACUGUUCUACCUUAGGGGAAGUGCUCUACCCUGAUGAUGAAAGGGCUUGCCUCAUGGAAAAAGAUCCAGGAUCCUGCAAGGCAUCCUAUACAAUGUGGUACUUUGAUCCCCUGGAGAGGAAAUGCCUCAAGUUCUUGUAUGGAGGGUGUGUAGGAAAUGGAAACAGAUUUCUCACCAGAAGGAAGUGUUAUCAGAGAUGUGCUCCAGAAUCAGCUGACAACAGCCUGUUCUGGGAUGAGGAUGAAGAACUUAACAUUGGACUUAUUGUGGGAAUCAUCGUGGGAUGUGUGUCAAUAAUUGUUUUGAUUGUGGCAUUCACCUUGAUCUUCUUGAAGAAGAAGGAGAAAAAGGAGAAGAGGCAUGGAAAAGGAAAAGAAACCCAACAACUGAAUGUUGAAUUGACCUGAAACAAGAAGCUUGUAUUUAGGCUAAUCCUAUGUAAAUACAUGGCUCUUUCAGAUUUUUAUAAAUGAAUGCCAGAUUUUGCUACAGAGAA